UUUUCUUCUCUUUUCGCAACAAUAAUAUUCGUCAGGCUAGUCCUACCAGCGCAAGUCGCUUUAUUACGAUCGCUCUCUUAAACGAUAUUCUCUUCUUUCGAAGUUAGGAAACAGUUAUUCAAACCGUCAAAAUGCAAUUCACUACUGCUGCUCUUCUUACCCUCUUGGGUGCCGCCUCUGCCCAGAAGGUUCACGUCGUUUCGGUCGGUUCUACGAACGGUACUCUCGCUUUCAGCCCGGACAAUGUUAAGGCGGAUGUUGGUGAUAUGCUCCAGUUCCAGUUCCGAGGUGGCAACCACAGUGUAGCUCAGUCCAACUUCGACAACCCGUGCUCUCCCAUCGCCGCCCACACCAACACGACUGGCAUCUUCUCCGGUUACCAACCCGUAGCCGCCAGCCAGGCUAUGGGCAUGAUCCCCACCUACAGCGUCAUGGUCUCGGCCAAGACCCCUCUAUGGUUCUACUGCUCUCAGGCCAAGCACUGUCAAGCCGGUAUGGUGAUGGUUGUUAACGAGAACACUACUGCCAACUCUUCGCGAAGCUUGACUGCUUUUAAGACCCUCGCCAAGGCUCAAGCCGCCAACGUCGCUCCCACGCGUGCCAGCGGUGGUACCAGCGGCACCAACAGCACCACCGGCUCUACUGGUGGCUCCACUGGCUCUGGCUCUGGCUCUUCAGGCACCGGCACCACCAGCGGAUCCGGCUCUACUACCAGCGGAACUGCGUCCAGCGCCACCAGCUCUGCCGUCGCUACAGGUGCCGCCACUAUGGUCGGUGUCUCGAGCUCUGUUGGUCUCGUUGGUUUGGUUGCUGCCAUGUUCAUGCUAUGAUCGGACCGUAUUUGGAAUUAAAUAACC